CGUUUUCGUCCGCCGAAAACGACAGCGUCGUUGGUUUCUCGAUUGACUCCGAGUACGAGACCACCUCCUUCCCCUUUCGCUCUCUGGCUUCGCGGCGACGACGGUCGGACUUCCCUCGAAGGCUCGCGGCGGCUUCCGAUUUCGGCGCAUCUUGGAGUUCUUGGAGCGGGAGGACGCCGUAGGGUUUGGCUCGGGCACAGUCGCAGCGAUGAUUGAUGAUCGAGACCUGGGUUUCCUGGCCAACUUUCUUGGCAUUUUCAUCUUUGCAUUGGUGAUAGCGUACCAUUAUGUGACGGCUGACCCAAAGUAUGAAGGGAAUUAGGGAUAUGUUUCCUCCUUUUUUUCUGGGUUAUAGUUAAGAAACUGUAGAUCGAAUGUCAUUUCGCUAGUGGACAGUACAUUGAUGUAGUGAAUGGUUGGAUCUGAGACAAGAAUGUUGUAAACGUAUUAAUAAAGAUUGCUGUUACUUGACAAA